CCCCUCAGUCCCCGCCCCCGGGGGCGGGACUACAGUGGGAGAGGGUCCGAACUCGGGCGGCCCUUCUGUAAGUCAGAUUCGCCUUUGGCGUCACCCUGCUCCGGCCUGUGGAGAAAGCAUGGAGCCAGUGGCUGUGUCCACCGACGGCGGGGACAGGCCCGCGGCCCCCUCGGGCCUGUCGGCUUCUCAGCGUCGAGCGGAGCUGCGGAGGAGAAAGCUGCUCAUGAACUCCGAGCAGCGCAUCAACCGCAUCAUGGGCUUUCACAGGCCCGGCGGCGGCGCGGAAGAAGAAAAUCACACAAAAUCAAAGCCUCAGGACAGUGACAAACUGCACUCCCUCAGCGUCCCUUCAGUUUCAAAGAGGGUAGUGCUCGGCGGCGGUUCAGUCAGUGGUGGGGCAACUGACCAGCCCUGCGCUGUGGCAGAAGCUAAAGGUACUCAGCUGGGAGACAAAUUGGACUCGUUCAUCCAGCCACCAGGAUGUGUUAGUGACGAUGGUGUCGAGCUCCGGCAUCGGAACAAAGGUGACCCUGUAGCAGGUGCGACCCAGAGGGCAUCUCGCCACGGCCUAGAACAGUACCUUUCCAGGUUUGAGGAAGCCAUGAAACUGCGCAAACAGCUCAUCAGCGAGAAGCCCAGCCAGGAAGAUGGAAGUUCAACAGAAGAAUUUGACUCUUUCCGAAUAUUCAGAUUGGUGGGGUGUGCUCUUCUCGCGCUUGGCGUCAGAGCUUUCGUUUGCAAAUAUUUGUCCAUAUUCGCUCCAUUUCUUACUCUGCAGCUUGCGUACAUGGGACUAUACAAAUAUUUUCCGAAGGGUGAGAAGAAGGUAAAGACCACGGUGCUGACAGCCGCGCUGCUGUUGUCUGGAAUUCCUGCUGAAGUGAUAAAUCGGUCCAUGGAUACCUAUAGCAAAAUGGGCGAAGUCUUCACAGAUCUCUGUGUCUACUUUUUCACUUUCAUUUUUUGUCAUGAACUGCUUGAUUAUUGGGGUUCUGAAGUACCCUGAAAUCUGAAGAACUCCGAAGUUUACAAAGUGAAAACAAUUUCUCUUCUACAUUACAGUGUCUCUAAAGGGGACAAAUUGGUUUAUAUCUUUAUGAAAUUCUUUUACUUUACAGAAAACCAACUUACUAGUUUCCCUGAUUUAAAAGGGUUGACUUUGUAUCAAUACUGGUAUGAGUAACCAAAUAGAGUAACAAUGUCAUUAAUGAUUUUUCUUGUUUAAUUAGAAAUCCAGUCUUCUACCUUUACCCUAACUCCUGACAUUUAUAAUCCCUCUGUGGGACUGGGCGGGCACUUUGAGAGGAGUAGAUAAAGUGACCUGCCUGCCUAAAGGAUGUGACUUGUAUUUGUGUCAUUCUGUCCUGAGAAGUGAAAACAUCCUAAAAAUAAAGUGAAUGGAAUGUUAAGACUGCA